UUUGUGCUGCAGAUCUUCUUUUAUGAAGACAAGAACUUCCAGGGCCGGUACUAUGAAUGCAACAGCGACUGUCCUGAGCUCAGCUCCCACUUCAGCCGCUGCAACUCCAUCCGGGUGGAGGGCGGCGCCUGGGUCAUCUACGAGAGACCCCAGUACAUGGGCUACCAGUACGUCCUGAUGAGAGGGGACUACCCCAACUACCAGAGCUGGAACGGCUUCAAUGACACCAUCCGCUCCUGUCGCCUUAUCAGAUAUCCAUCCAGCAGGCACAGGAUCCGCAUCUACGAACGUCCAGACUUCAGCGGCCAGAUGUUAGAGUUUAGCGAAGAUCAGCCCAACCUGCUGGAGCGCUGGCGCUACCGGGACGUCCAGUCGGCUCACGUCCAGGACGGCUUCUGGGUCUUCUACGAGCAUCCGAACUACAGGGGGCGCCAGUACCUGCUGGAAAAGGGCGAGUACCGGCGGCACUCGGAGUGGGGCGCUCUUCAUCCGUCUGUAGGCUCCAUUAGACGUGUCGUGGACUUUUGA